AUGGAAGAACAACAAAGUAAAAAGAGUAAGUCAAGUGGAGGAUUCCAAAGUAUGGGAUUAAAUAAACAAACGUUACUUGGAGUUUUAAAGAAAGGGUACAGAGUUCCAACUCCAAUUCAAAGAAAAGCUAUUCCAGCUAUUCUUCGAGGAAAUGAUAUUAUUGCUAUGGCAAGAACAGGAUCAGGUAAGACAGCAGCAUAUUUAGUUCCAAUUAUUAAUCGAUUAGAAACACAUUCAACAGAAGGUGUAAGGUCAUUAAUAAUUUGUCCUACAAGAGAAUUAGCAUUACAAACAAUUAAAGUAUUUAAUGAAUUAGGAAAAUUAACAAAUUUAAAAGCAUCACUUAUUAUUGGAGGAAGUAAAUUAAGUGAUCAAUUUGAUAAUUUAAGUAGUGGACCAGAUAUUAUUGUUGCUACACCAGGAAGACUUACAUUUAUUUUAGAAGGUGCAAAUAUUUCAUUAAAUAGAGUUGAAAUGGUUUGUUUUGAUGAAGCAGAUUUAAUGUUUGAAAGUGGAUUUAGUGAACAAGUAUCAGAUAUAAUGAGAAUGUUACCACCAACAAGACAAAUAUUAUUAUUUUCAGCUACACUACCAAGAAAUUUAGCUGAAUUUCUCAAAAACACAUUAAAACAACCAGAGAUUAUUAGAUUAGAUACAGAAGAACGAUUAUCACCUGAUCUUGAUAAUUUCUUUUAUCAUGUUAAAGAACAUGAAAAAGAGGGUCAUUUAUUAUAUUUAUUACUUGAUCUUAUUGGGGAUAAAGAACAAACUGUUGUAUUUUGUGCAACAAGACAUGAAGUUGAGUAUUUAAAUGAAGUAUUAAAAAUAUUUGAUAUUAAGACUUCUAUGAUGUUCGGUAAAGCUGACCAACAAGAACGUGAAAUUAAUUUAAAAAAAUUCAGAAAACAAGAAACUCAUGUUUUAUUAGUAACUGAUGUAGCCGCAAGAGGGGUUGAUAUUCCAGAACUUGAUAAUGUAAUUAAUUAUGAUUUUCCUGCUACACCAAAAUUAUAUAUUCAUAGAUGUGGAAGAGUUGCAAGAGCAGGAAGAAUGGGUAAAUGUUAUAAUUUUGUUCAAACAGAUGAAGUAGGAUAUUUGAUGGAUCUUCAAGUGUUUGCAUUAGAGAAUAAAGAAAUUGAAUUUGGAGUAAUUCCAAGGUCAUUUAUUGAUCCAUAUAUUUACCAAAUUCAAGAAACAUUAAAAGGAAAUUAUGAUUUAGAAUUCUUAAAGAAAGGUAGUGAUAAUUCAUUAAUAAUGUAUAAAAAAAGUAAACCUUUGGCUAGUGGAGAAGGUAUUUCUAAAGCUAAAGUUUUUUCUAUUGACCAAAUUCAUCCUCAAUUUAAAAGUCAAGAUAAUAAAGAUGAAAUACUUAAAGAUCAAUGGCUUAAAGGUAUUAAAGAUUAUAGACCUAAAUCAACUGUAUUUGAAAUUGAUUCAAGUAAAUUAACUCAACAACAGGUUAUGGCUGCUACAAGACUAUCCCAUUCUACUCGUAUUAUAAAUGCUAUCAGAAGAAAUAAAGAAGAAAAAGAGAAAGAAGAAAAAGAACAAUUAGAAAAAGAAUUAAAGGAAAGUGGAACAAUUCCAAUGGAAGAAGAACAAAAAUCUGCUGGGUAUAUUCCUUCUGUUCCAAAGAAAAGGUCAUUGUUUGACGACACGAGUGAUAGAAUUAUUUAUUCAACUAGAAAUCCACUUGACUUUACUGUUGAAAUUGCAGCUGAUGAAGAAGCAGAUUUAAAAGCACAAGCAAAACAAAGGGUUUGGGAUAGAAAGAAAAAGAAAUUUGUUAUGGCAUCAGGAGGAUUGGACCAACAUAGAAGAGAAAUGAAAAAGAAAAUGGAAGAAAAAGAAAAAGUUAAACAACAAUUCAAAGAAUGGAGUAAAACAAAAGAAAAGAAAGAAAAUAAAGAGAAAGGAGCAAAAAUGAAUACUUCUGUUAAAACUAAAGAACAGGUAUUAAAGAAAAAGAUGAUGAAAAUUAGACACGAAGAACAAAAGAAAGCUGCUGAUAUUAGAAGGAAAAAGAAUGAAAAACGAUAUGGUAAAAAGAAGUAA